UUUGUGAGAGUGGUACUUUUAUUUGCGAGCGAGAGCGUUUUCGGUAUGAACAUACUGUUCUGGAUGAAAUAUACGUGAAAAAUUCGCACUGUGUAAAAGGAGAAAUACUUUAACAAUGGAGGACGCCACGGUCCCUUUGCAUUUGGAACCUAUGCAGCAGAGUGAGGUGUGCGAAAAGAGGCUUUGGAUUGGCAACCUGGACACCAGAGUUAAUGAGUAUCAAUUACUGAAAAUGGUCCGUGUGUAUGGGAACAUCGAAAAGUUUGACAUGCUGUUUCAUCGGAGUGGACCCAACACGGGUCAGCCCCGGGGAUUCGCCUUUGUUACGUACAAGCUGAGGCAAGAUGCAAUUCAAGCCAUGAACUCACUGAACGGACAGCUAUUAGGCUGCAAAAGAAUAUGUGUCAAAUUUGCGAAGAAUACUUCGGAUGACCAGGACAAACCAAAACCAGAGUUGGGUAUAGCGGCUUUAGCUGGUGCUAAGCCGGAGUUAAAACUAAGCAAAAAGACAGCCAUCCAGUCUAUUGAGGCCAAGCUGAAGAUGAUGGAGAACAUGAAACCAGGCGAUGACUUUGUAGUCAACAAGCUGGCAGCCAAUGAGACCCCAAUCAUUGCUCAGUAUCAGUCAAAACAGCACCAGCCCCCCAAUAAAACCAUCAGCUCGUUUAGAAGAAGACACCCCUAUCAUAAAAAAAGAUAAUCUUUUUUUUUUAGAUUAUUACAUCGCCUUUGUAAAUCAGGUAAAGGAAAUAUUUAAGGGCACACGAAAACAAUUACUGUGUUUCAUAUUUCUGCUUAUUGAGUAAGCAAAUGUUUGUUAAAUUGUGGUAUUUUAUUUUGUUAGGUUUAUUGACAAAAUAUUGCAAUAUGUAAACAACUUAUAGCUUUUAUAGCAAACUUUUCUAAAAUGUUAGUUAUAAGUACACUUGUCUACCCUGAAAAAUUAACUGGUGGAAAUUGAGGUGACAAUUUUGUGAAAUUUUGCAUCCCUGAAAGAUCUUUGAUAUUACCACUGUAUUAUGAUAAUAAUUAUUAUUAGUAAAAGUUAUAGCGCAUUGUUUCAUACUAGCAGUAUGAAUAUUGCAAGUUGUUUAAUCAUAUUUCUAUUGCUUGCUUGAUGUUACAUUAUUGAUAGAAUAAUUGAAUAACAGUAAAUUCCUAUCUACUCCAAAUUAAUUUAAUUAGAAAAUAUUGCUGAACAUGUAUCUAUCUGUGCUACUAAUCAAGAAAAAUUCUCAAUACUGGUUUAUAUUCUGAAUUUAAUCUAUUCAUGUAAUAAAGUUAGUAAAGCUAUCCAAUACUUAAUGCAAAAUUGGUUUAAUACUUUUAGUAUGUAUAAUAUACCUAUUAGUUUUUUAUUCAGUAUUAAUUAUUCUUAGUUUAUAAGAAACUUUGUGGUCUAAACGUCUCCCUAAAUACCAUCUAAGUGUUCAUUAAUGUAUGACCAUGAUUUGUCAAAAUAAUAUGCUACCAGUUUUGCAACAAAUAAGUGUAUAUUUUUAUAUUAAUCUCAUUUCAUAAAUAAACACAUAUUUUAAAACUAAUUUGUUCUAAUACUAACAGGUGCAGUAAGUUAUGAAUAAUAUUUUGUGAUGGAUGGAUUAAAAAUAAACUUUGGUAGAUAAAAUAUCACAUGGUGUAUUAAAAAAUAUUAAUUAAGGUUUUGUGAUUUAUUAGGUCAAGAUUGUUUCAACAUAUUAAUUUCA